CACGUUGACCCCCCUGAAGCGGAAGUGAACACGUGUGGUCGAAAGGAAUCGGCACGCAUGCUGGGAGGCCACGAGCUGAACUCAGGACCAGAAGUGAACCCUCCUCUUCAUCCUCAUCCUCAUCCUCAUCAUGGCCGUGAGAGCGUCGUUUGAGAAAAACAACGAGAUCGGCUGCUUCGCCAAACUGACCAACACGUACUGCCUGGUGGCGGUGGGCGGGUCCGAGAACUUCUACAGUGUGUUCGAGGGGGAACUGUCAGAAUCCAUCCCAGUGGUUCACGCUUCCAUCGCAGGCUGUCGCAUCAUCGGGAGGAUGUGUGUGGGGAACCGUCACGGCCUUUUGGUUCCCAACAGCACGACAGACCAGGAGCUGCAGCACAUCAGGAACUGCCUGCCAGACGCCAUCAGGAUCCAGAGAGUCGAGGAGCGGCUGUCCGCGCUCGGAAACGUCAUCGCCUGCAACGACUACGUGGCACUGGUGCACCCCGACCUCGACAGGGAGACGGAGGAGAUCCUGGCAGACACCCUGAAGGUGGAGGUUUUCCGGCAGACGGUAGCAGAGCAGGUGCUGGUCGGCUCGUACUGCGCGUUCAGCAACCAGGGAGGCCUCGUCCACCCAAAGACGUCCAUAGAAGACCAGGACGAGCUGUCGUCUCUGCUACAAGUUCCCCUCGUGGCCGGCACGGUGAACAGAGGCAGCGACGUGAUCGCGGCCGGGAUGGUCGUCAACGACUGGUGCGCGUUCUGCGGCCUGGACACCACCAGCACGGAGCUGUCGGUCAUCGAGAGCGUCUUCAGACUCAGCGACUCGGCGCAGCCCUCCGCCAUCGCCACCAGCAUGAGAGACUCGCUCAUCGACAGGUGACUCUCACACACACACACACACACACACACACACA